AUGGUCGCAAUUGUGGGUGAAAUGGCUCACCACGAUGGUGGACGGUGGACUGUGGAUUGUGAUUCCCUUCCCCCUCCUCCUCACCCCUAUCCCUUCCCCCACACCCCAUCUUCUCUCCCGUCAUCGUCCUUGCCCUUCUUCCGCCACACCGAACCCCAACUCCAUGGCUUCCUCCACGUGUCUGAUGCCAUUGCUGUGAUGAGCGAGGCCGCCAAGAUUGAUAGGAAGAUCGAGCGGAACGAAGAGGUGGGCCCAUCUGCUGGAGUUGUGGUUGCCGUCAAGGAUAAUAUUUGUAUGACGGACAUGCAGACGACGGCCAGGUCUAGGGUUUUGGAAGGGUAUCAGCCGCCAUUCGAUGCCACGGCGAUGAGGAAGUUGAGGGGGAGUGGGUCUAUUAUAGUUGGGAAGACUAAUUUGGAUGAGUUAGGGAUUGGGAGUACUACUGAAACUUCUGCGUACCAGGCCAAGGGUGUUCGAAAAAGAUUGUGAGGGAGUGCAGGAUUUUUACAGAAGAAGAUGAUCGAAGAGCAUGAGAUGGAGGCUCCUUGUGUCUGUAAUGGAACUCUAAAGAUGAAGG